ACGUAUCUGGAUUUUGAUGCCCCCACCCACAUUUUCGUUAUUAUUAUUCUAAAUUUAUUACUCAACCAACCCACCGUUUUUCAUUUUCCGUUCCAUUUUAUCAUCCUGUGACCACUGAUGGCGCUCAGGGCAGCAUUAGGCAGCAGAAAGAUGAGGCAACAUGGUGGUGGUGGGUGGUGGCCGUCAUCAAUAACAACAAGAUCCAUGUCAUCAUCAUGGUGGAAACAUGUAGAGCCAGCACCUAAAGAUCCGAUUCUCGGUGUCACCGAAGCUUUUCUUGCUGAUCCUAGUCCCCAGAAAGUUAAUGUUGGCGUUGGAGCUUAUCGUGAUGAUAACGGGAAACCGGUGGUUUUGGAUUGUGUUAGAGACGCUGAGAGGCGAAUUGCCGGAAACUUGAACAUGGAGUAUCUUCCAAUGGGAGGAAGCAACAAAAUGGUUGAUGAAACACUGAAGUUAGCCUAUGGGGAUGAUUCUGAUUUGAUUAAAGAUAAACGAAUUGCGGCAAUACAAGCUCUUUCUGGCACUGGUGCAUGCAGAAUUUUUGCAGAUUUCCAGAAACGGUUUUCCCCUGAUUCUCAAAUCUAUAUUCCAGUCCCUACCUGGUCGAAUCACCAUAACAUUUGGAGAGAUGCUAAUGUACCACAAAGGACAUUUCAUUAUUAUCAUCCAGAAUCAAAAGGUCUUGAUUUCGCCUCGUUAAUGGAUGAUGUUAAGAAUGCACCAAAUGGCUCAUUCUUUUUGCUGCAUGCCUGUGCUCAUAAUCCUACCGGAGUCGAUCCUACAGUAGAACAAUGGAAAGAAAUAUCUUACCAGUUUAAGGUGAAAGGUCAUUUUGCUUUCUUUGACAUGGCUUAUCAAGGCUUUGCAAGUGGUGAUCCAGAGAGGGAUGCAAAAUCUAUUAGGAUUUUCCUUGAAGAUGGUCAUUUAAUCGGAUGCUCUCAAUCAUAUGCUAAGAAUAUGGGUCUUUAUGGCCAGAGAGUCGGAUGCCUUAGUUUGGUAUGUGAAGAUGAAAAACAAGCCGUGGCUGUGAAAAGUCAAUUGCAGCAACUUGCAAGACCUAUGUAUAGUAAUCCACCUGUUCAUGGUGCACUUAUCGUUUCAACUAUCCUUAGUGAACCAGAUCUAAAGCAAUUGUGGCUUAAGGAAGUCAAGGGUAUGGCUGAACGUAUAAUCGGAAUGAGGAGCUCUCUUAGGGAAAAUAUUGAAAAGUUAGGCUCUCCCCUAUCAUGGGAGCAUAUUACUAAUCAGAUUGGCAUGUUCUGUUAUAGUGGGAUGACUCCUGAACAAGUUGAUCGGUUGACAAAAGAGUUUCAUAUUUAUAUGACCCGCAAUGGCCGUAUUAGCAUGGCAGGGGUCACAAGUGGCAAUGUAGAAUACCUGGCAAAGGCUAUUCACGAAGUUACAAGAGCCGGUUAAAGUUCAGACAUCUACCAAGGUUUUGGUUGCAAUUAGUUUCAGGUAUUCUCUGUGAAAGAAUUCAUAGGAAAUAAAAGGUUAACGCCCUUCACCUGGUUGAGUAUUGGUCGUUUGUAGCGGAUAGUGCUUAUUGUGUUGUAAUGUUAGAGAACUUAGAAAAGCUCAAUUCUUGGAAGCAGAUAAAAAGUUCUAUACUGGUAGCUUUUAAAAGCAACCUUCAUUGAUUGAAUAAAACGUGUUUGUUACUUCGAAGCAUUGGCAAAUUUAAUAAAAUACAUUCGAUUCUAGAUA